CCAUAGCGCCUGCACGGGCUCCCCUGUGCUUCCCUGCUCUUUGGGGCUCCCCAUAGCGCCUGCACGGGCUCCCCUGCCCUUUGGGGCUCCCCAUAGCACUUGCCCUCUCGCCCGACCCGGGAGGAGGCCGGAUUCCGAGAGGACCCGCGGCCCCCGCCAGCCAGCUCCCAGCUUGAUCCCUUUAGAUCGGACAGCUCAGGAUGCUGGCGGUCCGGGUUGUGUAUCUGCGCUGCUGGCAGAGGAGCUGCGUUUGGAGGAUCAGCCCCAGCAGAGGUCCGAGGCGGUUCCGGAGCAGCUGCCCACGUCCAGAUACUGACAAUGUGAAGCCCCUGGAUGGUGUGAAAAUUCUGGAUCUGACCAGAGUACUGGCAGGACCUUUUGCCACUAUGAACUUAGGAGACCUUGGAGCCGAGGUGAUUAAGGUGGAACGACCAGGAGCUGGUGAUGAUACUCGAAGUUGGGGACCACCUUUUGUGGGAUCAGAGAGUACUUAUUUCCUCAGUGUUAACCGAAAUAAAAAGAGCAUCGCGGUCAAUAUCAAGGAUCCGAAGGGGGUGCAGAUCAUCAGAAAGCUUGCAGCUGUUUGUGAUGUUUUUGUGGAGAACUACGUACCUGGCAAGCUCCUUGAAAUGGGUCUGGGCUACGAAGACAUAAGCCAGGUGGCUCCUCAUAUUGUCUACUGUUCCAUAACAGGUUAUGGUCAGACGGGUCCACUGAGUGACAGAGCUGGUUAUGAUGCAGUUGCAUCCGCUGUGUCUGGUCUCAUGCACAUCACAGGGCCAGAGGAUGGAGAUCCAGUUCGUCCAGGGGUUGCCAUGACAGAUCUUGCCACUGGAUUGUAUUCAUAUGGCGCCAUCAUGGCGGGGCUCUUGCAAAGGUACAAAACGGGGAGAGGUCUCCAUAUCGAUUGCAACCUGCUGUCAUCUCAGGUGGCAUGUCUGACCCAAGUGGCGGUGAAUUACCUCAUUGGUGGAAAGGAAGCCAAGCGUUGGGGCACUGCCCACGGCAGUAUUGUCCCGUACCAGGCUUUCAGAACCAAGGACGGCUAUCUCGUGGUUGGAGCUGGGAAUGAACAGCAGUUUGUGACCAUCUGCAAGAUCCUGAAUUUGCCUACAUUGAUCAAUGAUUCCAGAUAUAAAACUAACUAUCUUCGGGUCCAGAACAGAAGAGAGCUCAUUACAACACUAUCAGCACGGUUUGCAGAGGAAAUGACCGGCACCUGGCUCUGUCUCUUCGAAGGCAGCGGGAUCCCAUAUGGGCCGAUCAACAGCAUGCGUGAGGUGUUCGCUGAGCCUCAGGUGCUUCACAAUGGUUUGAUCAUGGAAAUGGACCACCCAACUGUGGGGAGGAUCUCUGUGCCAGGACCAGCUGUGAGAUACAACGGGUUCACCAUGGCUGAACCGAAGCCCCCUCCUUUGCUUGGGCAGCAUACAGUAGAAGUACUGAAGACAUCCCUGGGCUAUGAUGACAGCACCAUCAGUGACCUGCUCCGGACUGGAGUGGUGGCCCAAGCCGAAGUCCAAUGAGGAGGGCUGUUUUCAUUACUGAAGAGCCCAUACUGAGCACCCUUGACGGGGGCAUGGCUCUUCCCUCUAGUCCCUUCACCAUUCUUCCGGUGCUACAGAAAAUAAAAAUGCAAGCAUAAUCAAUUCCCCAAGAAUGAGCCUGGGCCUGAUAAAUCCCUUGUCACUUCUUAAAUCCCUUUAUACCUCUGAAACCUCAUAACCUUUUUCAAUUAAUGCUGCAAUUGCAGGGUCAUCUUUAGGCAAUGAUUUCAUUCCCUGAUCCCCCAACCCUGAAAAAUGUUCUUCUCAUUCAGAUCCUGCUAAUUGCCCUAGUGUUUGCCCCAGGAACAAGCAUGAGGGUGAGGAAGAGCAGAGCCUGGACAGAGCCUGGCAGUCUCUGAGUCUUCCCGGCUCUCCACUCACACAUAAAGCCCGCAUUUAAACCGUUGUUAUGAAGUCAAGGCAAUAAGCAAAUGACAGGCUCUGUGAUUGAUUUUAAACAGAAUAACCUAAUUUUGUGCUCAUGAAGCCUUUGUAAAUCUGUAAUUUAAACCAUGGCCUUUACCCAUGUCCAUUGUAAAACCGAGCCCCACUCUCCGGCUAGGCUGUGUAAAUAUUUGCUUUAGGGUGCAUCGCUCUGAUGGUCCCAUGAUGGGUUGCAGGCCAUCAAUCUUUGCUCCUUCCUGGUGGCAUGGUUCCUGAGGGGAGAGCUUUGAGGGGUAAGCUAGCUUGAGUCAAGUGUGGAUAGAAAUGGCUCCUCCACGGUACCCAGCCCCCAGAGUGGGAGGAAUGGAGAAUGAGCGGCCCUUAUGAGAUUGGGAGCAAGGCACCUCCCCACUGCUAACAAGCUUGGCAGCUCUUUGGCCCUUGAAACCUGAGUGUUCAAGGGUAUAAUUUACAAGUAAAGUAAACAGGGUCCUGGAAGGCUUGAACCGUUGAAACAUCAGCCCUGAAGUGGGCCUGAACAUUAAUUCAGACUGACACCCAGCCAAGCUAGGCUCUAGCCAUGUAAGGAAGGAUGCUUUGGGCCAAUGGCUGACCCUGUCCCUAGGGUCGCCCUUUAGCCAAUAUUUUUCCAUAGAGUGUAAAGUCCUUCCUUCAUGCUUGUUAUG